AUGGAUUUCUCAUCUUUCUUGACGUCCUUAGGGACGUCGUUUGUGAUAUUCAUAGUAUUAAUGCUUCUCUUUACAUGGCUGUCGAGAAAGCCUGGAAACUCCGUCGUGUAUUACCCCAACCGGAUCUUGAAAGGUCUGGAUCCCUGGGAGGGUGGGACAAGGACCCGCAACCCAUUUGCUUGGAUCCGGGAAGCCCUCUCUUCCAGCGAGCAGGACGUUGUAAACAUGUCCGGUGUGGACACUGCUGUCUACUUUGUCUUCUUGAGCACUGUGCUGGGAAUAUUGGUUUUGUCUGGCCUUAUUCUGCUGCCGGUUCUUCUGCCUAUUGCUGCCACAGAUGUGAAACUCCAAACAACUAAAAGCAAUCAGACUUUUAGUGAACUUGAGAAGUUAUCAAUGGCAAAUAUUAAGGAUAAGAGUCCAAGGUUGUGGGCAUUCCUGAUUGCGACCUAUUGGGUUUCUUUUGUUACCUAUUUCUUGUUAUGGAAGGCUUAUGUACAUGUUUCUGGGCUGAGAGCAAAUGCUCUAAUGUCUCCUAAACUGAAACCAGAGCAAUUCGCUGUUCUUGUAAGAGACAUACCUCCUGUUCCUGUGGGCCAAACUAGAAAAGAACAGGUCGAUUCAUAUUUUCAAUCCAUUUAUCCGGAGACAUUUUAUAGAUCAAUGGUGGUGACAAACAACAAAAAGGUUAACAAGAUUUAUGAAGAAUUGGAAGGAUACAAGAAGAAGCUCGCACAUGCAGAAGCCGUAUAUGAUGAAUCCAAAAGAACAGGCAAACCAGAAGGAUUGAGACCAACCACCAGAACUGGCCUCCUUGGUCUUGUUGGUAGAAAAGUAGAUAGCAUAGAGUACUUCAAUGAGAAGAUUAAAGAGCUACUCCCAAAGUUGGAAGCCGAACAGAAAAUCUCUCUCAGGGAGAAUCAACAAGCUUCUGCUCUUGUCUUCUUCACCAACAGGGUGACUGCAGCUUCUGCUGCUCAGAGUCUACAUGCCCUAAUGGUCAACACAUGGACUGUCAUGGAUGCCCCUGAACCACGUCAAAUAAUAUGGCCUAAUCUCAAAAUUAAGUUUUUUGAGAGGCAAAUCCGGCAGUAUGUUGUUUAUUUUAUUGUGGCUUUGACCAUAAUGUUUUAUAUGAUACCAAUAGCCUUUAUUUCCGCAUUAACAACCCUGGAUAAUCUGAAGAAACUUCUCCCGUUUAUAAAGCCAAUUGUGAAUAUUGACGCAGUUAAAACAGUGCUGGAAGCUUACCUCCCUCAGAUUGCACUCAUUGUGUUUUUGGCACUGUUGCCCAAGUUACUUUUGGUUCUCUCUAAGGCGGAGGGAAUUCCUUCAGAGAGCCAUGCAGUAAGGGCUACUUCUGGAAAAUAUUUUUAUUUUACUGUACUGAACGUUUUUAUUGGAGUCACACUGGGUGGAACCUUAUUCAGUACAUUCAAGAGCAUUGAGGAUGAUCCAAAUUCUAUUGUUAAAUUGCUUGCGACUAGCCUCCCGGGGAAUGCAACUUUCUUCCUGACUUUUGUGGCUCUGAAGUUUUUUGUUGGCUAUGGACUUGAGCUGUCUCGUGUAGUUCCUCUAAUCAUUUUUCAUCUAAAGAGGAAGUAUCUAUGCAAGACUGAAGCUGAGCUAAAAGAAGCUUGGUCACCUGGAGAUUUAGGAUAUGCAACUAGAAUUCCCGGUGACAUGCUUAUUAUCACAAUCGUUCUUUGCUACUCUGUCAUAGCCCCUCUGAUUAUUCCAUUUGGAGUAGUGUACUUUGGCCUGGGAUGGCUUGUCCUUAGGAAUCAGGCACUCAAAGUUUAUGUUCCAUCCUUUGAGAGCUAUGGCAGGAUGUGGCCCCACAUUCAUACACGAAUCAUAGCUUCUCUGUUAUUAUACCAAGUUACAAUGUUCGGUUAUUUUGGGGUGAAGAGAUUCUCCUUCUGUACGUUGUUUCUAAUUCCACUGCCGAUACUUUCGUUGCUCUUCACCUAUGUCUGUCGGAAGAAGUUCUACCGAUCUUUCUCCAACACGCCUCUUGAAGUUGCUAGCUUUGAAUUGAAAGAAAUUCCUAAUAUGGAACAUGUCUUCAGAUCUUUCAUCCCACCAAGCUUGAGCUCUGAAAAGGCUGAUGAUGAGCAGUUCGAAGAUGCAUUAUCACAAGUUUCAAGAACCGGAUCAUUCGCUUAA